GGGGGCGGGGCCAGGCGCUUCCGCAUUCGGGCGGGGGGGGGGAGGAGGGACCGGGAGCGGCUCGUUUGGCCUCCGCAGGUGCGCGCGGCCGGGGCCGGGGGAUGCGCUACAGCGAGCGGGAGCUGCUGUCCCUGUCCCGGCAGCCGGCGGAGAAGGCGGCGGAGAUCCUGAUGCGGGUGCCCAAGAAGGGGAGCGUGCUGAAGAAACGCCUUGUGAAGCUUGUUGUCAACUUUCUCUUCUACUUCCGAACAGAUGAAGCAGAGCCAAUUGGAGCUUUGCUGCUGGAACACUGUAGAAUCACCAAAGAAGAGGAGAAUGUCUUUUCAAUCAGUUUCAUUGAGGAGCCGGACAGGAAAUACUCCUUUGAAUGUGACACUGAGGAGCAAUGCCAGGAGUGGAUUGAGGCUCUCCGAAGAGCCAGCUACGAGUUCAUGAGAAGAAGUUUGAUUUUCUAUCGGAAUGAGAUUCAGAAGAUGACCGGGAAGGACCCCCUGGAGCAGUACGGAAUCUCCGAGGAAGCCCGAUUCCAGCUGGGAACACGCAAGCUAUAGCCUGGCAGCCUCUGCCCCCACCCACCCCGGUGGGGCUUAAUGGGCAUUCAGCCACCUCGGGGGGGGGGGGGGGGGAGGGCGGAAGUGAAAACACCAACCCCCUGUUGGGGGGGGGGGAGCUUCUGGGACCAAGUGACUUACUUAUGGGCCAGAUAACUUGUAUGUCUUUUUUUUUUUUUUAACGGAUUCAUUGCACACUCCCCUUCCUGUUUGUCUUCAGCCCCUCCGAGCUCCCAUCUCCCCGCAGCAAGAGUCUUAACUGGCCAUUGCUGUGUCAGCUUUAACUUGAUGGACCAUAAAACUGCUAGGCUGAGGGACUUAUGGGCUGCCCGUUACUCACUAGAUGCUUGCCCCUAGGGCCACUGAAAGCCCCCAUUAAGAGUCUCAGGGGAUCAGCUAUGAUGCUGAUGUGGAAACCUGGCUGCACUUGUCCUGGUGGGAGCAGCCCAGUGGUCUUCCAGCAUGUGGUGCUAUUAUAAGGCAGGGAUGAUCUGGGGUAGAGGGCCAGUGUCUGUUUUAUGCCAAAAACAUGCCAGAAGUGGCAGCAUUUCUGCUGGGAAUGGCCUCAGGGCUUUGGCCAUCCAGCUCUGCAGGCAGCCUGCUGCGCCCCUUGGUGGCUGGAGUUUGUCACCUGGGUGCCCUGAGCCAGCUGAUGCUUUGCUGGCUUUUGCAAAAUUGGCUAAUCUCAAGGGGAGGAGGAGGGUCUUUUAAGGGGGUGGGGUUCUUUUUUUGGCUGAUAGCAUUCCUUUGCUCAUAGUGGUGGGGUUGGCCUUGAAAUGCCAGACUCACCCCUCUCCCUCACUUAACUCUGUCGGGCUCACUCUAGCUACUAGAUCUGUACUGGACACUGUUCAGCUACUUAAGGUAGAUGCAGGGAGCAGCUGUUUCAGGUAAGGGAAGCCCUCCUCUGUUAUGGAUUGCUACCCCCAAAUGGAGGGAGGAGGAACUGGCCCUUACUCUAAACAGGGUUAACUUAUGUGACUGCUGGUGCUCCUGCCCCCCUCCCUAGCUGUUGCUGCUCCAGCUGACAGUGUAGCUGUAGGCGGCAGUGUCUUCAUUUCUUUAUACAUACCUACAGCAGCAGCGACUGCAUGAUGACAUCUACGCAGGGUGACUGGGGCCCGUUUCAGCUUAACACUGUUACUAAGGUCUAAUUUUGAACUAAUGCAGAUGAAUCCAGCUACCACGAGCCACCCUACAGCAUCUUUAAAAUGCACUUCCAAGUUCCUGCAUGGGGUGGGGGUGUGGCUCUCACACCAGUGCCCAGGAGUGAGCAAAGCAAGGGUUUGAAAGAAACCUGCAGUGAGGCAGUCUAAACCAAACUCCUCCCCCUGACCUUGAGAGCAAGCUGUGGUUCUUAGUGGCAUUAUUCCCUUGCCUGGGGGGGUGCUGUACAGUCAUUGGCUUCCCAGAGCAGGCAGCCUACUGUGGGGCUAGCAAAAACAGCUGGGUGGAUGCUGCUGUAGUCCCCUUUACUGGAGGCAGUGUGAGAGGUAGAACUGUGGGGGGGUAGAACCACAUCUUGUCCAUGCUGAGCUGGGAGACAGGGUCCCACAGCAUGAAGAAUAGCUGUACAGGGCUACUUCAGGCUUUAUUCCAUAUACAACACCCCUCAUCUGUUUCUGCAGCUUCCCUCAUCCUUAGGAGUUUGAGCAGAAAAGAUCAAAGCAAUCCACAAUGAUUUUUGGAGGGCUGGGAGACCUGAUCUAAUUUUUUCUUAAAGUGCUUCUCCCCAAAGCAGCUGCAAGGGGAGGCCCUAGCUGCAGGCAGCCUUCUCCCUCAAUGGCUUUCGUCCUCAAUAACCUAGCAGGGACCAGCAUUUUCCCCCUAGCACCUCUGUGGAGAUUCCCUUUGGAUGGAAACAAAAGGCCACCUUCUUUAACUGCUGUAAGUCUACCAGUAGAGAAGUUACAGCCUGGCAUGAGUUCUGUGGUAGGGCUCUUGGCUAGAGCUACACGGCUUAGCCUCUUGCCAGCCUUGAACCUGCUGACUUAGCAGUACCGAGUCUGUUAACACAAACCAACGUAAGUGCAUAGGGACAAACCCUCAAGCUAAGAGGCAGCUUUUUACUGCAGGAUGCAAUUGUUUCAGGCAUGUACUGCUCUUACUUAGGAGACUCCCAAGGAGGAAAUAAUUGGGGUUUAGAACAUUAGUUGAGGCUCAUUGUUUUAGUACAAGACAUCAGCUACAACAUUUUACUAUCUCCAGUAGAGAUAGGGGGGGGGCCCUGCCCACCUCUGCACCAGGACCACGUGUGUUCAAUGGAGGCUGUUGCUAGUAGCUUCUACAUGCAGCUCUAGGACUCGGCGGAUGAGCCCUGUACAAAGAGGAUGUAGUAGACGAGUUUAACUGAUGUUUUGUCCUGUCCACAUGGAAUGCUAUUGGAGAGCAGCCUGCAGCUGGGUGAUGGAAGUUGUACCUCCACUUUGUGGCUCACUCUGGGGCUUAGUGGUGAACCUCUGGCUGGUAAGAGUGGGGGAGCCCCUGGAACACCUUGGGAGCCCAGCCAUGCCUUCCUCUUCAUUGCCCCAGGAGGCAGCAAGAGAGGAUUAGGCAAGAGCACACUAGAGCUUAUGCUUUAGAGAACAUGACCUCAGCUGCCUCUAUAUUGCUUUUGCUGGUGGCCUGAGGUAGAACAGAACACAGAUCCAUGGUUUUGGUACUGAGCCUAGCACUCCCCUUUCAGAGUAAGGAUGAGGUUUGUUCAAAUAUGGCUCUCGCUAUCUGGGGGCUGCUAAAGUUUCCAAGUAGGCUCAGUUCUAGCAGCUGUCUCAUUGCUGCAGUUAAAGUCUUUGCCCACUUUCACCGAAGCUGAGGCAAAGGCUCCAUAUCAACUGACCUAGGAAAUGGUGUUUAAGAGGGUGCUUUGAACUCUGUCGUAAGGGUUAUGCUCCCAUCCCCCCUGUCAGCAGCUAGAUAGGAAGAAUUGUAUUCCCACUAUCUUGUCUCCUGUAAGUCGGCUAAGACAACUCAGCCUAAGCCAGGAGCAGGCUUUUUAUUAACCCCAUAACAUUAGUACAUCACAUUAUGGAAGCUGGAGCUUUUUUUAGCUAGGAGAAAGCUGGGAAAUGCAAGUUUCAUACCAAAUAAACCAAUCUGAAUUAGGGAAAAGAUUACACCCAGUAUCUCUCUCUCGUGUUCAAACCCUGUUUGAUUGUUCAGCCAGCUUGCAAUUGCCUUUAGAAUCAGCGUUGCUUAGUACGCUGGCUGACUCAAUUCUCAAUGUUUGUUUUACUGGACUGUCCCUUGAUGCCCUACGGUCACCUUACCUGAGAAAUCUUUCACAAUAUUUAAAAUCCUGGCAGGUGGCCAUUUGAACAUAGCUCAUGACAGCUAAGAUUUCAGAACUGGAGAACUGGUUACUUAGACCACUCAAACUACUGUAUAACUAUUCCCUCUUUUGCCUUCCCUGUACAAAAACACUAGCUUUUUCUUGUUACCCUUUCAAAGGGCAGACCUUAAGCUUAGUUAUCAUUGCACACUGUAUAGAAAUGGGCAUUUUGUUGGGGGGGGGGUAUAUUAGGUGAGCAAGGAACAUCUCCAGCUAUUUGCUUAGAUUAGGAGGUACGUAAAUUUCACUUUCAUUAUGUAAUUGAAUGUAUGAAGACAUGCUGUGAAUAGUUAUGAGCAUAGGUGCCCAGUAACUCAAAACUAGCUUUACAUUUCAGGAUUAAUGGGAAACUGGUUUAGGAAUCUGUUAUUACUGGUCAUUUAUAUGCAGAAGUUUAUUAUCUGUUCAGGUUCAUUUUUGUGGUUAGUUGCUCUAACAAAAGUACUAUAUACUGAUGCUGUUCAUAGGUUGUACAAUCAAUGUUUUAAAUAAACCUUUCAUUGUUUUAACCUGGGUGUAAAUUGCAGCUGCUGUGUAAGAAUCCCAUGUGCAUUUUCUUCAAAAAGAAAGGUUUAAAGUGGAAUAAAAGUUUCAAUCAGUAAA